AUGAGUGGUUUGACUGUCGGAUACUUAUCCAUUGAUAAACUAGAUUUAGAGAUCAAGCAAUCGAUUGGAACACUAGAGGAAAAGAAAUGCCAUCAUUAUUUAUUGGUUACUCUACUUUUAUCAAAUGCAUUUGCUAUGGAAGCCUUGCCAAUUUAUCUAGAUGCAAUAGUUCCAUCAUUCUGGGCUAUCAUAAUUUCAGUCACAGCUGUAUUGUUUUUCGGAGAAGUUAUCCCUCAAGCAGUUUGCACUGGGCCAUCCCAACUUAUUAUUGCUCGUAGAUUAGCUCCAUUGAUUAAAUUUUUGAUGUUUUCUCUAGGGUUAGUCUGCUACCCUAUUUCAAAAGUAUUAGAUUGCGUUUUAGGUGAGCAUGACAUCACAAGAUUUAAGAAUGAUCAACUGAAGACAUUGGUUCAAAUGCACUCAAAGAAAGCACUUUAGGAACUGCAGAUUGUACAAAAUGAAAAUAUGGGACUUUCAAAUCUCUAAACAAAUAUUAUAGCUGGUGCGUUCGACCUGAGAAAUACCACAAUAGAUUAAUUAAUUACACCUUAUGAAAGAGUAUUUAGUCUAUCCAUUGAUACAAUUUUGGACAAAGAAGUCAUUGAUUUGAUAAAACUAAAGGGAUAUAGCAGAAUUCCAGUAUACUAUGGCGAGGAUCAUUCAUUCAUCCUCGGAUUAUUGAUAGUUAAAUCACUAAUAGGAUUGAAUGUUGAAAGUCCCUUAAGCCUAAGAGAGCUUUCAAUGAAAGGAUAAUGUCUAAUAAAAACUCCUAUCUAUGCUAGCCCUUCAGCAACAGUUGGCUAAAUGCUUAAUAUUUUCAAAGAAGGAAGUGCUCAUCUAGCCGUAGUGUGCUAGGAUCCAGAAAGAUUAGUUGAUGAAGCUAAUGAUUUACUUGAAGCAAUAAAGCAAGGUAGGGAUUAAUAGGUUUCAGUUACUUCUCAUCAAAUCCUGGGAAUAACAACUCUUGAGAAGAUCAUAGAAUAAAUAAUAAGUAUGCCAAUCUUAGAUGAGAAAGAUAUAGAAAAGAGAUUAAGGAAUCCAUCAGGAUAGUUUUCAAUGACAAUUCAAGAUGAAAGUAAUAGAGACAUGCAGGAGAUGAAUGAAUUACUUAAUGAAACUAACUAAAACUUUAUCUCAAAGGAGAAUUAAAAAAUAUUCAAUGCUAAAUUUACCUAGCUAUUUGCUUAAAAACUAGAGAGCUAAGUGAAAGAAGAUAUUACUUAAUUAGGAAAAAGAGUGAGCAGCUUAUAUGAAGGAGAUAGAGAUUAUAAAAAUAUAGGCAUGGACCCCAAAUUUUCACAGUCGCUUCUUGAUAGAGAUAUUUGA